CAAGGAGAGUUCAAAGGAAGCAGAAAGCAGAGACGUUCCGAUAGAGCCAUCGCAACGAUUCCAGCAACUUUCCACCUUUCCGAUUCUCAGUUUCAUUAAUUUCUCUGGCUAUUUUAGCAAGCUGGCUCUAGAAGCCCUCCCCGAAUUGCACCCACCCGACCACACACUAAUCUUUCACCUUUUCCUGUUGAUCUAACGAAAUGAUGCAAGCCAGUACGAUCCCAGAGGGCACGGAGGAUAGCCAAGAGUUUGGUAUCGACGCUUCCGAGGUGUCAAAGGAAGAAAACGGAGAUGAGGCAGCUGCCAGGGUACACAUCAGCCAUCAUGGAAGAAACAUUAGCCUUAUCCUCGCAGCCCUGGGCUUGACAGCUACCUCUAUGGUUUUGAUGACCUACUUCUUGUUAAGCUCCAGUGAACGGAUCCAGUUUGAGACCGCCUUCGAGAUCUUCACUAGAGAGACUGCUGUGAUUGCUGAGAUGCAUGCAGAGAAUGUCUUUGGCCAGCUUCAGAGUCUCGCAUCUUCCGUUAGGUCGGGGAUUGCUCAGAAUCCGCAGCAGUAUCUCCAUGAGGUUUCCGUUCCUGACUUCGAUGUGCGUACAGAGGAGAUUGCCAACUUGACCAAUAUUGAGCUGCUCAUGUUUGCACCCUUUGUUCCCCGCGAGGAACAAAGGGCCUGGGAGGAGUUCCAACUCCUGAAUCAGGAAUGGAUCUUGGACGGAUAUGUUAAACGCGGAUGGAACACGUCUCACCUGAAGGCCAUUCCGCGCCAAAUCCACAACUAUCCUCUACCAGAGGGCUACAAUGACACAAGGAGAGGCUAUGUGGAUACAGGCUUCAUGGAAGAAAUCGUUGCCAACCACACAGUAGCACAUAACAAGACAGGUGGAACCAGCGUUCCAGUGGCUCAGAUUGGACCAAGACUCAAUGAUACCUCGAUUGUGAUGAUGGAUCUCUUCACGCACCCAAUCUUCAAGAAGGAAAUCGUUGCUUCACUGGAGUAUGAUGUCCCUGUCAUCUCUGAAUUGGAAGACCUCAGUUUUUUCCUAAAGCAUGUCCAACCUCUGUUGUCCGAAGACGUUGACUAUUCGGAACCCCGGAGCUUUACUCUGGACCCAGUUCGAGCAGACUUUGGCAAGGAUUCUAUCACUGUGGGCUAUGUGAUCGGGAUCAUUCAGUGGAAUGCUUUCUUUCGAGACUUUCUCCCUGCGGACAUCAAUGGCAUCGUGGUGAACAUUGAGUCUGACUGUGGCAAACGUUUCACGUAUGUGGUCAAUGGAGGAAACGAGGAUGACAACAACCUUAGUCAAUACAACGGCACAGACAAAGAGAGCAAGUACCAGUAUCUGGAACAACGUUUUCGGUUUUUCUGGAAGAACCAUGCCAAGGGAACCUCCCGCCACUGUCACUUUGAUCUUGUCAUUAGUCCUGCAGAAGCCUUUGCUGAGGCUUACCUGACCAAUGCUCCCAUUCUAUGGGCUGGCAUGGUUCUGGUAUUUUUUGUUACAGCUGGUGUGGCUUUCUUUUUGUAUGACUUUUACAUUCACAAGCAGCAAGUCAAAAUCUCAAAGGAAAAGGCGAGGGCCGAGGCAGUUGUGACCUCCCUGUUUCCAGAACAUGUAGGACAGAAGCUUAUGGAAGAACUGGAUAGAGAUGAUGAUUGGCAAGCUGAUGUGCGACAACGGCAAGAUAAGCCUCUUGCGGAGCUAUUUCCAUCUGCAACUAUCAUGUUUGCAGACAUCAAAGGUUUCACUGCGUGGUCAUCAAGCAGGCAGCCAUCGGAUGUAUUUACGCUCCUCGAAACGAUCUACCAUGAAAUGGAUGCAAUCGCUAAACGACGCAAAGUAUUCAAAAUUGAGACAAUUGGGGAUUGUUAUGUGGCUGUCUGUGGCCUUCCCCGUCCACGAGAUAACCAUGCUGUUGUCAUGGCACGGUUUGCGAACGAUUGCCUAGAAAAGUUCCGGGAAUUGGUCACCAUGUUGGAUGUAGAUCUUCCAGGGACAUCAAAACUGGAGCUUCGCACAGGACUCCACAGCGGCCCAGUGACUGCUGGUGUAUUGCGUGGAGAGAGGGCUCGAUUCCAGCUCUUUGGGGAUACAGUAAACACCACCGCCAGAAUUGAGUCAACUGGCGAGGGUAGCCGGAUUCAUAUGUCAGAGCAGUUUGCCAAUGAACUAAUCAAGUUUGGCAAGGGGCAUUGGAUAGUGCCUCGUGAAGACAAAGUGGAAGCUAAGGGGAAGGGAAUCCUUACCACAUUCUGGUUGCAGGUCACGGCAUCACCAGAACAAAGUGUCCUUAGUGGCGAUUACUCAGAAACGUUUCAUGAUGAGUACGACUUCAGUUUGGGAAUGCCAAAACCUUCACGCAACUUUGGGAGCAGCAACCAUACUUCUGAAGCAUCACACUCCGGCCACGACGACAGUGACAGAUCCUCGAGAACACCACCCUCCACUGGCAUUUUUGAGAUAUCCCAACCUUCUAUCCGAGGUUCCAAAAGCGGGGAAACGAAGGCAAACCAUGACAACAGCGAUGAUAGUGACAGUUGGGUUUAG